AUGAAGCAGGCAGGAGGCGAGCCGCAAGCGCGACCGCGAGAACAACAAAUGACGGUCGCGCGCCAGCAUCUGGCGAGUAGCAGCGACCCGGAGGACGAGUGGCGGCGCCUCGGCUGGGUCGUCAGCGUGCGGGACAGCCUGGAGCUCCUGCGGGAGAAACAGCUGCAGCAGCGCGAGUUCCUGGCCCGAGGGCAGCGCGGGGGUGAGUCGCCGGCCGUCGGACCCUGCAAGUUCGUCUUCUAUGUCUUCUUCUACCUGGGAGUCGCUGCCCUGUUCAUGCUCUGCAUGGAGGCCUUUUAUUCCACUCUCAGCUUGACGGAACCUAAGUACAAACUAGACCAGUCUUUGGUGGGGUCGUCGCCGGGCCUAGGUUUCCGGCCGGUGACGGACGAACACCGCGCUCUAAUAACGUAUCGACUGGGUGACAUCCACGCCAUCAGAGACUUGACGAAGGAGCUAGACCUGUUUCUGGAACCGUACAGCGACGCUGCGCAGGAGACAGACCAUUAUUACGACUGCGAUUUCGGUAACUUUGCGCCCACGCACAAGGUGUGCAAAGUGAACAUCUCGCAGUGGCGUCGGUGCACGAGUCGAGAAGGGUACGGUUUCGGUACGGGUUCUCCGUGCGUUUUCAUCAAACUCAACAGAAUCUACGCCUGGGAGCCUAAGUUCUACAAUCGCACUUCCGACUUACCGGAGGAAAUGCCAGAAGACCUCCGGACGCACAUUCAGUCAGUAGGUGACGAGAAGAGGCGGAAUGUUGUCUGGGUCUCCUGUGGAGGAUUCGACACCAGAGACGCGAGAAAUAUGGGUUCUCUCUCAUACGUACCAGCUCGGGGGUUCCCCGGUUACUUCUACCCGUAUCGUAACCAGAGAGGUUACCUCAGUCCGCUGAUAGCUGUCAAAUUCAACAGACCAAAGCUUGGAGUGACUAUAAAGGUUGAGUGUAAGGCAUGGGCACGGAAUAUCAUGCACAGUAGGGAAGAAGUACUUGGGAUGGUGUACUUUCAACUCAGGGUCGAGUGA